AUGAAGUCUCUAUUUGUCUUUGAUCUUUCCCAGAACAAUAUAAGUGGCAUAAUUUCCUCAUCCAUAGGCAAAAUGAAGCAUCUUGUUGUCCUUGAUCUUUCCCAAAACAAUAUAAGUGGCACCAUCCCAUUAAGAUUGGGUGAUUGCGUAUACCUCCAGGCACUGGAUUUGAGCAAGAACCAUUUAUCAGGAAGAAUUCCUAUAUCUUUGGGUCUGCUAUAUCGCCUUCAAACAAUGCACUUGAGCAACAAUAGGCACCUAUCAGGAAAAGUUCCUUCAACUUUGAAGAAUUGUACUUUUUUGGAGACUCUCGACCUUGGACACAAUAAUCUCUCAGGCCAGAUUCCCGCUUGGAUUGGCAGAAGCUUUCUGGCUUUACGAAUUCUGAAUUUACGAUCCAAUAUGUUUACUGGCAAAAUCCCACCACAAUUGUUAAACAUAACUUCUCUUCAGGUCCUUGAUUUGGCACAAAAUUGCUUAUCCGGUUCAAUUCCUCAAAGUCUUCAGAAUCUCACAGCCAUGAAGAAUGAGCAGAAGAUGGACCACUUUUUUUUUAAUGGAACAGGAUCUUAUUACAAGGAAAACCUGCUUGUGUCUGUGAAGGGCCAAAUGCUUAAAUACACAAGAAUAAUUUCACUGGUUACAUGCAUGGACCUUUCAAGCAAUAACUUAUUUGGAGAAAUCCCUGAACAACUCACAAGUCUUCUGGGAUUGCGUGUCUUAAACUUAUCCGGAAACCAUUUGAUUGGAAAGAUCCCAGGCAAGAUUGGUAAAUUGGCAUUACUAGAGUCUCUUGAUUUCUCCAAAAAUCAGCUUUCGGGUACAAUUCCUCUGAGCAUGUCAAGUUUAACUUUUUUAAGUUACUUGAACUUGUCGAAUAACAACUUGUCGGGGAGAAUUCCAUCGGGAAAUCAGCUCCAGACACUUCAAGAUCCUGCUAUUUAUAUGGGCAACAAUGAUCUCUGUGGACCUCCUCUUCCAAAUAAGUGUGAUAGUGAUGAGACUUCUCAAAGUCCAAUGCCUGUUGGUGGUCUGCCUGGUGUCCUAUUUGCGCUUCCAGAUUCCUAUGUUGAUGCUGAGAACAAGGACUAUGGAGGUUGA